UCCUCGUCUCUCUCUCCCUCUCUUUUACUCUCGGUGUGGAGUACGCGACAAUAUUAUCUCGAUAGUGCACGCGUGUAUAUUCCUUGAACGAGCUUGUAAAAGCUCGCUCGGCUCCGAAGCACACGUACAAGACACGACCCUUUUUUUAUUUAAUUUCUUUCUCCAUCUCUCGCUGUAAACGCGCGAGAAGGAGGAGAGGGUCUUCUAUAAAGGAACACGCGCCGAUAUUAUAAUAGAAGCGAGUGAGAGGAGUCGCGUGCAAGGGAAAUCGUGACUACUGCCGAGUGUGACAAGUGUGCAGCUGCAAGUGUGUGUGGCAUUGUGCGCGCGCGCCGACAGAAACGCGAAUUUCCUCGAUGCUACUGCUGCUGCUGCUGCUCCAUUGGCAUGGAUCGCUGUAACGAUAAAAGAAAACUCGAGCUUCCUCCUCGAAGCUGAGUGGCAGAAAACUGUGCCUCGUGUCUUCUCCUCUGCCCAAGACGACGAGAGAGAGAGACGAGACAAUUGGAGCGCUGUUUUGCUAAUUACUAGUGAUACAGUACAGUAGCUGUUGGCAUUUUUCUUCACGGUCUCGGUCUUCUGUCUCAGCUGCUUACCCCUCAUCUGCCUCUGAGUUAGCAGUAGCCGCGCGCUGCUCUCUAGCCACGAUGAUACACACGAUGUCCCUCAAGCUUUGCAUUCCGCUAGUGUGCGUGCUGCUGGUUCUCCGAGUCUCGUCGCUGUCGCUGCCGGCCCAGACGACCACCACCGCCAAGACUCCGGAACUAAAGAAGGUGGCCGCCGCUGCAGCGCCUGCGACACAGCAGCAGCAGGGUCAGCAGCCACCGGCUGCGACCAAGAGCAACGGCAACGCCAAUAGCGAGAGCAACGACUCCGAGCCUUUCUACACGACCAAACGCAAUGCCAACGUCUACGUCGAAUUUCCGAGCACUCAAUCGCCAUUGUUGGUGUUAAAUGCCGAGAAGGAGACGGUGGCCUCGGCCACCAUAGCCCCGAAACAGAGGGCCGGCGCCGCCGCGGCUGCGGCCGGGACCAAACAGCAGCAGCAGCAGCAGGUGAUCGCCACGACGCCGAAACCGCAGCGAAGCUCGUCCGAGGUGCCUCUCUAUCGGCUCAACAGUCCCAAUGGUCAGGCCUGCGUCCUGCUGCAGGUCGACGCGCUCAUCACCAUCAAGUACAAGGACAAGCUCGGCGAGGAACAGGAAGCCGACGUGUACGUGCCGGACAACGCCGUUGUCACUGGCAAUUGCGACGGUGAAAAUUCCAUUUACAUGUCCAUCAAGUGGGACGCCUACGUUCUGUCUUGGUACUUCUCGAAGACACCUGGCGGCGAGAGAUGGUACGUCGACAAAAUAGAGCUGACCUACAAUUCGAGCGAUCGUCACUUUGAGCAUCCUCAACAACCAAACAAAACAGUGAGAUUGAGCACCUCGCAGAAGCACAGCAUGCUGUUCCCCACUCCGGUCGGUAAGUCCUACUCGUGCAACGAAGAGCAGGAAGUCUCCAUGACCGAUAACAAAAAUCACGCCAGCGUCCUGCUGAGAGAACUGAAGCUACAGCCGUUCAAGUUCAAGAGCAACGACUUCGCGGCCGAGUUCUCGUGCACAUCGCUGAGCGCCCGGGCGAAUCGCGACGAGACGGCACCAGUGGCGGUGGGCUCGACCCUCGCCGCCGUCGUUCUGCUCACCAUCACGGGCUAUGCCGGCUGGAGGCAUUUCAAAGUCAAAAAAGUCAACUACGACAAUAUGGAGUAAAGCCAAGAGAAAUACCGAUUGACAGAUCUCUUGGAGCAUAUAUACACGACAACCGCAGAACAAAUCCGAUGGAGCAUUUCGAUAUUCGCUUAUUUCUGCGUUACUUUAUACAUACUUUUUUUAAUUUUUUCGUUGCAUGAAAAAAAGAAUGGAAUGAAAAGCAUACACGAUAAUAAAAUUAUAACGACAAGGUAUGAGUAACACUACUUCCGUUUUCGGUUGAUAUACAGCGCGAUAUGCACUACGAUAACAAAAAAAGAACACAUAUUUCAAUUUUUAAUUGUCAUUACAUUAUAUAAAAUAUAUUUUUAAAAAUAAAACGUUCGGAGAAACGGAAUUAAAAAUCGCUAAACUCUAAAAAAAGGUUGUACGUAUAGCUAAAACGGCGCAUGAAAUUGCAGGCAAUUUUCCACGAUAUGUCCUUCAAUGUUUUGCUCCUAAUAUCUUCUUCAUAAAUAUAAUUAAUACGUAUGUGUGUGUGCACCCAUAUCGACUAUUUUGAUCUUAUUCGAUUCUGCACCACUAUUCAUAAAACGAUGAACUCGAAGCAUUGAUUAUUAAAAAAAUAUAACUACGGUAUUUUUAAGAGAAAAAAACAUGUUACAUGCAUUAAUUCAAAGUAAGACGAUAUUUUUGUUGAAGUGAUACGAAACUAUUGGUGUAUUUUUCCUCGUUGUUAAAUUCAUAUAGUAUUUACAGCAGUUGAUUGAAUUACUACAAAUUUUAUUCAUACAGUUGAUCAACAUUACAGACAUUCGUUGCACAAAAGAAUAGAAUUUAUAUGAUGUUUUCGGAUUGGCUUGAUCAGCGAAUCUUUGGUUAAGGAAUAAACAAACGUCUGAGAAAUCCGAUCGAUAAUGAUCAUGUACAAACAUAUCCGUAUAGAAAUAUUUGCGAAAAUUUAACAAGACGAUAUUAUUAUUUUAGUGAAAAAUCAAUAAAGAUGUGAUUCCAAAAGACCAAAGGACGACCGAAAACAAGAGCCGGAUGAAUGAUUUCGAUAAAAAUCAAACGUGAUUGUACUGACAAAAAAAAUUAAGAUAUAUAAUUCAUGAACGUGGAUCCAAUGUGUUCCCGCGUUGUAUUCUCUUGCAAGAGAAAAAAACUCUGUCUUCCAAAGCAUAUAUUAACUUGAUAUGAUAUUAUAAAGAUAUACAUUAAAAAUUGAUUUAUACGUAUAAGGAUGGUUACAAAAUAUGUAUACAUAUUAUAUAUUAUAAUUGCAGCGCGUAUAGCUUUUAAAAAAGGGAAUCAUAAGAAGAAAAAAAAUGACUAAAAAAUUGUUUAAUUGUGUAAAUAAAUAUAUAUUACGCGGUUAUCCGAUGAUUGUUUGAACUAUUAUUAUACAAACGUCGGAAAUGAAAAAAAUUAUAUAAAUGUGUAUGAUAAAACAAGACAGAUUACGAUGUAAUAAGGAUCGCAACAAAAAUAUGAAAUGUGAACUUUCAUUAAAUAAUCAAUGAUGUAUAAAUUUUUUCGAAGUUUUGUCGAUUCGUAAAUAAUCGCAUUUAUCGAUCUUAUAUCAAUAGCCUACGUACAAAAAUGAAUAUGUAUAAAAAAAAUAAUAUUAAUAAAAUAAUAAUGAUUAUGCAAAACUAA